CUUUAGCAAUCUUAUUAAAUCGUGCGCUGAGUAAGGAGUGUGAUUUGAAAGUCCGUGAGUAAAACGUUCUACUAGCCACCGGAUUCGUUCCGAGUCCCAGUUGCAUUUCUCAGAAUUAAAAGUGUCACCUUCUGUGCCAGUGUGUAUAAAGGUUGACGACUCGGUUCCACAAACAAAAGGAAACGCCGUUCUUCCCAACCGUCUGUCCAAUAUUUGUGAGUGGUUCCGGGAGUGUGACCAGAAAUCAGUAAAAAUGAUGAAAUCGAUUUUCUUCGGCGUCGUUGCCCUGAUGUUUGCCGUGGUUGUCAUGCAGCCGGAGCAAGUCUCGGUGCAUGCGGCAGAUCCAAAUUCCGCACCAGCUGGAAGCGAAGUUUGGAACUACGUGCACAAAAACUGUUCAUCUAAAUUGCACGACCAGAUCAACAUGGAAUUCGGAGCCUCACUGUUUUACCUGCAGUAUGCUGCUUAUUUCGCCCAGUAUAAAGUCAACUUGCCCGGAUUCGAGAAAUUCUUCUUCAAUGCCGCCUCCGAGGAACGUGAACAUGGCAUCAAGCUGAUCGACUACGCUCUGAUGCGCGGUCUGGCACCAAUCAACGAUAAAUUCAAUCUUGCCGCAGAUUAUGCCUUAGAUAACGCCCUGCUGGCUGAAGAGGGUGGAUCGAUGGCUCUUAUUGCGCUGGAAAAAGCCCUUGCCAAGGAACAGCAAGUCACCAAGAGCAUUCGCGAACUUAUCAAGAUUUGCGAAGGAGACUUGAACGACUAUCAUCUGGUGGAUUAUCUGACUGGCGAAUUCCUGGAGGAACAGCAUGAGGGUCAGCGUGAUCUGGCUGGAAAGAUCGCAAUGUUGAAGAAGAUGCUGGUCACAAACCCUCAUCUCGGAGCCUACAUUUUCGAUAAACAGAAUAUGUAAAUCAAUAAACAUCGUCUGCUCCAACAAUAUCUCUGUAGUUUAGGGGCUGACAUAAAGUUUCGAUAAAUUCCUGGAUCGGUCGAACCACUUAUAAAUUCCAAUGUUAUUUCCGUGAGCGAGGGUGUGUCGAGAGAUAGCGGCAAACGUAUUUGUAUUGUGAUACAUUUCAUGAAAGGUGGUGCAUUCAUUGACCUGAGAAGAGAAGUCAAAGGAUUCGUAUACUGUUGAUUUGACGAGUAAAUAAAGAUGUUUGGGAGAUAACUCUUAAUUCUCA